CCUCGUUUAAAGGACGGAAGAAACAUUUCCUGUCCACUGUGUUGUCCUGUGCGCUCCUUGUGCCCCGGCGCUGCGGCCUGUCGCUUGUGGUCCAUCACCGAGCCGCGCUCUCCCGGUCGGGGGCCGCGCUAACGAGCUCCUCCUCCCCGUUUUGGGGAUUUACCCCGGGGCGCACUGACCACUGGACACACCGAGGAGGCUCCGAGGAUUACUGCCAUGCAGCCAACCGAGCCUCAAGUUAACCGAGCUGACGCCAGGGGAUAUCAGAGUUAUAAGCUCUUUCAAGAAACAUUAUUGGUAAGCAGAGACAGCGGCACAGAGAGCACUGCUCUGAUGAGUGAAAAUAUGAAUUCACCUCUCCAGUGGUGCCAAUUACGCACAGUUAUUCACUGAGAUAUUGGCAUUUUCAUCAAGAUAGAACACUACCAAAGAUCUUUUAUUGAGGACCUGUCGCUUGGCUGUCACCAAUGACUGUCACAUACACAGCCAGGGUCGCAAAUGCUCGUUUUUGUGGCUUCUCCAAACUGCUGUUGGCCUGGAAAGGCAGCAUCUAUAAGGUGCUAUACAAAGAGUUCCUGGCUUUCUUUGCCAUGUACACAGCCAUCAGCAUCACUUACAGAUGCUUCCUGUAUGAGGACCAGAAGAGGUAUUUUGAAAAGCUUGCAAUCUAUUGUAACCAUUACGCCAGUCUCAUCCCCAUGUCCUUUGUUCUGGGUUUCUAUGUGACCCUGGUGGUGAACAGGUGGUGGAGUCAGUACACCAGCAUCCCACUCCCUGACAUGCUCAUGUGCGUCCUGUCUGGCGGCCUCCAGGGGAGCGACGAGCGAGGCCGCUUGCUGAGACGAACCAUGAUGCGGUAUGCCAGUCUGUCGGCUCUGCUCAUCCUCCGCUCUGUCAGUACAGCUGUAUUCAAACGUUUCCCCACCAUGGAUCACGUGGUGGAGGCCGGAUUCAUGUCAAGAGAGGAAAGGAAGAAGUUUGAGGGGCUCCACUCUCCUUACAACAAAUACUGGAUCCCCUGUGUUUGGUUCACCAACCUGGCAGCUGUGGCGCGCAGUGAGGGCAGGAUUAAAGAUGACCACACGCUCAAACUACUGCUGGAGGAGCUGAACUCAUUUAGAGGGAAGUGCAGUAUGCUGUUUCAUUACGACAUGAUCAGUGUUCCCCUAGUUUACACUCAGGUGGUCACUUUGGCAGUCUACAGUUUUUUCCUGGUGUGCCUAAUUGGUCGGCAGUUCCUGGACCCCACUCAAGGCUACCAAGGCCAUGACCUGGACUUGUACAUUCCCAUCUUCACACUGCUACAGUUCUUCUUUUACGCCGGGUGGCUAAAGGUUGCAGAGCAGUUGAUCAACCCUUUUGGAGAAGAUGACGAUGAUUUUGAGACCAACUGGCUGAUUGACAGGAAUUUCCAGGUGUCCAUGAUGGCAGUGGACGAGAUGUAUGGAGAUCUUCCCAUGAUGGAAAGAGAUCGCUACUGGAAUGACUCCAACCCAAGACCACCCUACACUGCUGCCACUCUCUUUGUCCUCCGCAAACCCUCAUUCCAGGGGUCCACUUUUGACAUGGCGAUCCCAAAAGAGGAGAUGCACUUCCAGCCUCUGGAGGAUAUUGCUGAGAACCUGGAGGAGUCCGGCAUUCGUCACCCAAACCUGGCCCUUUUCAACCGUUUACUCAAUGCCGCCCCCUCCCCUACUGGCUUCAUGGGAGGGGCUCUUCGGCGCACCUCAGCACAGCUCCAGAGGCUACGCCAUUCCCCAAGCAUUGACCAAUGCACCAGCGAUGAUGAUGACGACAAUGAAAGCGUUAAAAUAGGAAAAGGUGGGUCUCUGCCCUCAGGGCUGGGGCAAGACACUCAGAGCACCAUUUGCAGUUUCAGGGAGGAUAAGAACGCCAAAAUGCCUCUGCUGGAGAUUCAGUUUGGGUGGGAGCAAGAGAGGCAAGGGGGGUUCCCUGCCACCAUUGAGAAGAAUGAAGUGAGUGAUUUGGAAGAAAGGAUGGAAGAGGAGUGGGAGUUAGAGGAGGAAAGUGAAAAAGCAGAGGAGGGUAUCCAACCUGUGUCACCACUUCCUCCUCCUCCCCAGUCCUUCAGAGACAAGUCAAUUAGACCGGUCUCUCCCGUCACCCCUCGUCACCCCUCUGCCUUCCUGUUUCACCCAUCUGUCCACUCCAGUCUGGAGCACUGCAGUUCCCAGCCUGCAAUCAACCAUAGCAGGGCUGUGCCCACCACUCCCAAACCACCCUUUGGUGGAAGCAAAAUGUCCUUCCUCUCAGUACCAUCAUAUGAGGAACCUCAGCGGUUUCGCAGCGUGAGCAUGGGAUCAGAACUCACUGGGUCUUAGGGCUGUGAAGAAGUCUCAGUGUUUUGAUAACCAGAGAGGAAAAUUUAAGGAUGUCCCUGUGAACUUUUGACUAAUUCAGAUUUGAUUCGGUCAUGUAUUCAUGCAUGAUAUACGUCAUAGAUUCAGGAAGGUUUUUUUAUGAGUUGUUAUUGUUGCCUCACUGAUGAUAAUUGAAAUGUAAACUGUAUUAUUGUUCUGACCUGUGGGGAGAAUUAUGCAUUUAAUGGCACUUUAAAGGAAUAUGAUGCUCUAAAAAAUAUUGUGGUUAGUGUUUACUGAGGGUAUGAGAAAAAAAAGAUAUACUCAGAUCACAGUUUAUGUUAAGUGAAGGUCAAGAUUUUCCUUGAUAUUUAGCCUAGCUUAGCACACAGACUGGAGGCACAGGGAGCUUUUCUUACUUUAGUAAGGGGAAAGUGACUUCGAUCCUUUUUCAACACUUUAUAUUUUACUUGCUGAAACAUCACAACAAUGUGUUCAAGAGUCCAAUUUAUUUCAUUUCGAGAGUUGAGAGUUUGAUAUGAAGCAGGAGGUAGCUAGCUUAAUCAUUAAGCUAGUUUCUUAGUAGAUAAGAUAACUGCUCCUUAAACCAAAGUGUGGUUGUAAAAGUUAGCAUAGAAAACCACUAUAAUGACAGAGCAAGUUGUUGAAAGAGCAAGAGCAAGAGCAAGAGCAAGAUGUUUCUCUGCUUUAGACUUUGUGCUAAGCUGGGCUAAACCUGAAAUGAUAAUAUGUAAAUCAUUAAAUGCUUACUAUUAAUAUUAACUCAUACACACAUACAAAUGUAUGCUUUCUUGUAUUGACUGUUUGCCUGUAUCGGCACCUUAGCAAUAACCAAAGUCUGUAAGAAUGUGGUGCUAAAAAUUAAACAAGAUUUUAUUU